UAUCAUAUUAGCUGUCAGACUUUAAAUAUCACACAGGUUCUCCGCCCUUUACUGUGCAGUUCAGUUGCAGCUGAGGGAGCGAAAGGGUCGGGAGACAUUCCAACUGUGCAGCAGUAUUCACCCAAGACUGUGGAGAUGGCCACUACGAAGGAGAAACUCAUUGAACAUGUGAUGAAAGGGGAGGCAGUCGGCUCAAGGAACAAAGUGACAGUAGUGGGUGUGGGAAUGGUGGGCAUGGCCUCUGCCGUCAGCAUUCUUCUGAAGGAGCUGGCAGAUGAGAUUGCCUUGGUUGAUGUGAUGGAAGACAAGCUGAAGGGCGAGGCACUGGAUCUGCAGCAUGGAGGGCUCUUUCUGCGCACACCCAAGAUUGUAGCUGACAAAGACUACUCUGUGACAGCCAAUUCCAUGGUGGUGGUGGUGACAGCUGGUGCCCGGCAACAGGAGGGGGAGAGCCGACUCAACCUGGUCCAGCGCAAUGUCAACAUCUUCAAAUUCAUCAUCCCCAACAUUGUCAAGUAUAGCCCAAACUGCAUCAUCCUUGUAGUUUCUAAUCCGGUGGAUAUUCUGACCUAUGUGGCCUGGAAGCUAAGUGGCUUCCCCAGACAUCGUGUGAUUGGCAGUGGUACCAACCUGGACUCCGCUCGCUUCCGCUUCCUGAUGAGUGAGAAGCUAAACCUUCACCCCUCCAGCUGCCAUGGUUGGAUCAUUGGAGAGCAUGGAGACUCCAGCGUGGCUGUAUGGAGUGGGGUGAAUGUAGCUGGCGUCAACCUCCAAAAACUCAAUCCAGAUAUGGGAACAGAAAAGGAUAAGGAAGACUGGAAGAUAGUCCAUAAGACGGUUGUUGAUGGUGCCUAUGAAGUUAUUAAACUGAAGGGUUACACUUCCUGGGCUAUUGGUAUGUCUGUGGCUGACCUAGUAGAGACCAUCCUGAAGAACUUACGCAAGGUACACCCUGUGUCCACACUGGUCCAGGGCAUGUACGGAGUGAAGGACGAGGUUUUCCUCAGCGUGCCCUGUGUGCUGGGCAACAGUGGCUUGACAGACAUAGUACAUAUGACCCUGCAGCCUGAGGAGGAGAAGCAGCUGGUGAAGAGCUCAGAGACCCUGUGGAGUGUGCAGAAGGAGCUGACUCUAUGAGGCUCUCACAAAACCAAUGAACCACAGCCCUUGGCUCCUCAGUUAUUUCUGCCUGCCCCCAUUUCCUUGUCAAAAUGCCACCUCUUCCCUCCUGCCUGCUGUCCCAGAGGAAAACUAAACACUGACCAUAGCAAUGUUCUCUAAGCACGGCAAACGCUCCACAAUUUGAAGCACCCAUUUCAGGUCUCUUCAGUUAUAAUGUCAUUAACAUAUGAAAUCAUAUCUGGCAGAGUUGCUUUGUGCAUCCAUACAUUAUUCUUAAGAACUUGAAUGUAUACUAAAUCUGUCUCUGUGUACACAAUAUGAACUGCAUGAAUGCAUAUUUUACAAAGAGCAAUUUGACAUCUGAAUAAAUAUUUUUUAUAAUUUAAGUUUUUAAUCAAAAUUACAUUAUGUCCAUUAACUUAUCACAUGUGUACACAAGAUAAUGGACACAGAAAGUCAAGGGGCAGGACAUCUGUGUAAAUUGUUGAAAUAGGAAUCUUUUCCUUUUCAUUCGAAUGUUUUAUAUAUCAUUUUUGUGAUCAAAACUGACAUGUUACAGAAAUCAGAAUAGCUGCCUUGUAUAUGCCUGAGCAUCAAAUAAACAACACAGAAAAUCAGA